AUGGCAGGCAAGCCGCCAAAAGCCAUGUCCUCCCGUCUCUUGACGAUGAAGUUUAUGCAACGCGCCGCUGCUUCGUCCCCCCUCUCCUCGCCAUCGACACCCGACCAACCCUCUGCCAAACGACAAAAGACCAGGCCUGAUGAUUCUCCCUUGGCUGGUUUCGACGUAAAUGCCCUGGCCAACCAGAAGGCUAUUGAGACUGCCCUUGCGAGCGAGGAGGCGAAACGUCAGAUUGCGCUCGAUAAACAGGCAUCCGAAGCUGGCGAUACACGAUGGGUGUUAAAUUUCGAACGAAAUGGCUCGGAGACAGGGCCAGUACGGGGAAACUUGAAGAUACAGCAGGCCAGUUUUUCUGCAAUUGACAGAGACUCCGCGGCAACACCGAGGGUAAUCUAUCAGGCAGAGGAGACCUCGGAUAAUGCUAUAUUUGCAGGACGGAGGAGUUUUGGGAAGUUCAACCGGAAGUUAGAGAAACUACAAGAUCCAGAAGGAGACGACUCGUCGGAUUCAGACUCGGAUAAUGAUAGCGGGGAGCAAGAAGAUGCCGAGGGUAGCAAUAGUGACGACGACGACCCCACGAGCCAACUGAUGAAGACUGCUCGAGACGAAGCGGCCAAAAAGCUGAAGGCUGAGCGGAAAUCCAAACGAAAGGCAGAAAAGGCCGAACUACUCCGUCUGGCCGAGAAACGAAAGAAGAAGAACGUGAAACUGAACAACUUGACAUCUAUAUCGGGGGGCACCAGCGGCGCAUCAAAGGGGACCUGCUACAAGUGCGGGGAGACUGGGCAUUUCCUGGCAGACUGCCCAAAGGGGAAGAAGAGGGGGCGGACAGACGACGACGGAGACCGCCCGAGGUCCUCAAACAAAUCAAGGAAGUCUGGUUGA